UCACAAGUGAACAAACUAGAAAAAAAACCAGGCAAAUCAUUAUGUUUUCCUGCUGGGUUAUUGCCCACUUCCCAUGCACGGUGGACAGCAGAGCGACUUAUUUCUGUGAGGAGGUAUUUCUCACAACAACGGCCCGACGGUGACGGGAGGAGUGGACGAGUGGCCGGGGGAAUGAGGCUUGACUUUUACCUUAUUUGGAAUAUUUGUGUCGUCCUGGCCCUCAUCGGUAUGUUCACCUACCUCAUAUUCUUCUUUAAGUAACUCAGAAGGAUGAAUGUAGGAGUCCCGGGCUAGUACUGAAUACUACUGAUGAGCAGCACACUGUCUUAGCCUGCCCUGGGAAGAAGCACCACCGCCGGCCCCUGCAGAGUGAGUGCCUGCCGCCCCUCUGUAUACGUGACUUGCCUGCCACCCCACCCUCCUGCACCAUUCUCCAGAACUCUUAUGGAUGUAUAUUACCACAAAAAAAUCUUCAGCUUUAUAAAGAAAGGGCCAUCAGAACAGACUAUUUGAGUAACGUUGAUGUGUAAACAGUCACUGAGCCUAACCAGCCCCAUAAAGCCGCAGAAGGUAACAAUUCCCUCUGGCAUUUUAGGACAGCAUGUCAAUGUAACUAAAUCACGCAGCACCUGUGAAGAGAUUGAUAUGUUGCAAACUACCUAAAUCUACUGAACUUGUACCAUAACAAAAUAUAUAGCUGCUUAAAAGUUAUUCACAGCAGCACAGGGAUUGUAAAUUUACACUGACUUGAAAAAAAAUGGAUCUAGAGGAGUCCCGACAGAAGGAAUUGCUGGCAGCAUACCUGUGUGUUAAGGCAACUGUUGCUGAGGAUCUGAGCAGCAGUGAGGAGUUGAAAAGAGCACUGCAGUAUGCUGGCCUAAGCCCCACCCCAGCCUUCCUGGCCCAGCACUGGCAGGAGGGCAACACCGAGGCUGCCACCUUUGAACACUUCUGCAACCUGGCUGAGCAACUCCCAGACAUUAAUAUUGAUGAUAUAGAAGCUCUUUUUAUAAAGGUGUUUGGCACUGUUGAUGGCAUGGUGGGAGAAAAUGAUUUCAAGAGACUAGUGGGUGGUGGUAAUCCUGAACGGGAAUUGAGUGAUGCUGACUUGAAUUAUAUUCUGCAGGAGGCCAAUGUGGUGACCAAUGGUACUGUGGAUUGUAGCAAGCUGUGCAAGGUAAUUCUACACACAGUCAGUGAGAUGAAGCAGCUUAGUGUCCAGAAACUGGAGGAACGCUCGCACUACCAGCGCAUCAACUCCAAGACCUUCACAAGGAAGAAACGAGAGAAGUUUGCCAACCAGGAAGGCAGCAGUGUAUUGGGCCACUCUAUGCUGGACCUGGAGGACUGGAAUGAAUCCAGCUUGAAGGGCUGUUUCUAUCUGGAUAAGGGAAAUGUUUUAGCACACCAGUACAGCAUGGAGGUGUCCUGCUUAGGUCCUACAGUGGUGCGCAUGAAGCCUAAGAGCUAUAUGAAGCAGGAGGCAGGACGGGGACCAGUUGACACUUUGGCAUACAUUUUCCGAGAGUACCCCGAGGGAAUGCGCAACUACGUAGGGUUCACUGAUCAGAAGGACAGUGAUGGGUCCUACUACUGGCGAGACACUUUGAAGGAGGGACGUUAUGUGGUUAUCCCCUACACCAGUGGAUGCCGUUUGCGGGAGAGGACACAAGAGCCAGAAGCUUCUAUUGAGCUGGUGGAGAGGCAGAGUAAGGUGCAGUUAACACCUGAAUUCAGGCUAGUGCUUGAGGAGAUCUUUGACCAAGUUGAUCUUGACAGCAAUGGACGACUCAGCCGGCAGGAGUUCAACCUGUACAACUGGCGCACAUCAGGGGAGGAGGUGCAGGAUGAUGAAUGGGCAGUAGUGCAGGCCAACUUUGAUGUGGAAGCAGGGGAGCUUACUCUGGCUGGCUUUCUGGCUCUGCACCAGCUAGAGGCUGAGGACAAUGGGGGUGAUUCUGAAGAUUUGUGGGUGUCUCUGGAUGCCAUGGGUUAUAACCGUGCGGGACGACAGGACCAGGCAGCCCCUUUCACGCUCAGUGUGUUCAGUCAGGUCUGCCAGCCUAUCCUGCAGGUAUCUGGGCUGAAGAGUGGUGGCCUUCUACUGGACAAAGCAGUGGUGCGUUCCAUUAUGGAGAAUGCAGAGCCAAUUAAGAUCAAGAACAUGAUUGACCUUAUAAAAUAUGAACAUGUGGGAGACCAUCGGGGAAGCAUUGUGGUGCAGAAUAAAGCCCACAGCAAGGUAACAGUGCGUGUGGACUGCAGCCAGAGCCUCAACGUGAUCACAAACAGACCAAGUCUUGACUGGACUGUGGAGGUGGCAGGCAAAUCGGCCAUCAUUGCUCAUCAGCUGCUGCCCCUCAGAAUGGGCGAGAAUUGGAAUGUGGUUUGUGUUGAGUCUCUGGUUAAGUAAAGAUUUUCCAUGCUUGGCUACCUGCAUCUUUUUCUGAAUGCAUAUUCUCACUAAAUAUCCAGCUAGACUAAACUGUUAGUGUCUUGUGCUGUUCUAUGGAUUGAUUUUACCUUAAAACCAACCAUUUAUGUAGCAAUUUGUGACCUGGUACUAUAAAUUGUAUUAAUUCAACUCACAUUCAGGAUUCUCAAAUAUAUAUAGAUUGUCAUUCUGUCUUGUGAUCAGUAUUCAAGAAAGGUACCAGCGAAAGCUAAGUUCAAGAAUAAUGUUCUGCUUCUAUUGAACAGGGAAAGUUUACAUAUUGCUGUUCCAAGGUGCAAACCUUUUUUUUUCAGUCCCAAGUUUUUCUUUUAAGUAUUAUACUUUUGCACAACUUCUUUAUAAAUUCCAUAAUAUUAUGCGCACACACACACACACACACACACUAGAACAAAGAAGAGAAAGAGGAGACCUAAUACAAAUAUAUAGGCUGUUGAGUAAAAUGGAAGAAGUAGAUAACGAGAAAUUGCUACUAAGAGAGGAACCUUCCAGCAGGAAUACUAGAGGACAUAGUAAAAAGUUGAGGAAGGGAAGAUGCUCAAGAGACAUAAAGAAAUAUAGCUUCCCACAAAGAAAUAUAGAGGUUUGGAACAGACUAAGUGAAAAAAUAGUACCGGUGAAGAGUGUGCAGAGCUUCAAGGAAAAGUUGGAUAAUUAUAGAUACGGAGACGGGACCACACGAGUGUAAGCCCAGGCCCUGUAAAAUUACAACUAGGUAAAUACACACACACACACACACACACACACACACACACACACACACACACACACACACACACACACACACACACACACAGGAGUGCUGUAGUGCUCACCUCACAACCAAGAAGUCCCGGGUUUCAUUCCUGGGUGAAUUGGAGCCGGAUGGGCAGUCUCCUUUCAAUCAUAUACCUUGUCUAUUCAGCAGAGCCGGAUGGGCAAUCUCCUUUAACCUGUGGGCUUCGGCUGUGGGAAAGCCGAGAAGUGGCCGAGAAACGACAAAAUUACAGUGCAUUUUGAGACUAAGACAACAGCAUGGAACGUACAUCAGAGUAGUACUAGUCUCAUAACCAUAAAGCUGUUAAAAAUAUAUACUUUUAUUCAAACUCCAUUCUUUUUAGGUGGUGUUUGUUACAAAAUAAACACUCUUGUGACGCUUGGCAUCAAGCCGAGAGUCGCUUGUUGUCUAGUAUAGAGAAUUUGACAAGUGAUUACUGUAUGGAUAGCUAAUUCAGUGUGCCAUGACCUUACAGCAUCACCUAUGACAAAAAAGCCCACCACAAUGACCCAGGGCAUUCAUGGUGGGUUGCGCUAUGCCGCCGCUGCCUACAAUUAGCUCAAAUUAGGUGUUUUAUGGCGAGCCCUUUUUAGGGUCCACCGUACCACAGCCACGACUCGUGAAAGCCCUGAAAAGGGUCUGCCGACGUUCUCGGGUUAAUUCACAUCCCUUGUCUAUCCAGCAGUGAAUGGUACCGGAUGUCAGGUGGGGUUUGUGUCCUGCCUCCUGGGUGUGUGCAGGUAUGAGGUUUCAGCCACACUCAGAUUCAUAACUUGAGCUCCAAGCUCAUUCAUGGAGGGUACUGGCUAGCAGUUUUUAGUAUUAGUGGUUAGAUCAUAGUGAAAUGACACAUGUGCACACACACACACACACACACACACACACACACACUACUGUGUUGCUCAGUCAGUUAAAGCUCUACACUGGCAAGCUUCGUGGCCUAGCAGGCGGAGAUUCAAGUCCCGCUCAGGCCGGGGAUUUUUCCGCCGUCAAGUAGUAGUUACUGGAGAUAGGGUGUGUGGUGUGUGAUGGUCUCGGCAGUACCCAGAGAUAAACUAAUGAGCCUUGCUCUUGUCAGGAGGGUACUUGCUGUUGUUGACUUGUUGAUGAGCCCCAGCUUGUGAUCAGGCCGUGGUGAAUCAUACACAUACACAAACACACACACACACACACACACACA